AUGGAGCUAUCAAUCCGCAUCAAGCACGACUUCAGCGGGCCCAGCCAGCGCACCAUCGAAACCGCCACAGCCGACCACCUCCUCGCGCACGUCGAACAGCUCCGGCUCCAGCACCUCCCGCACAAGGGCAGCAAGCUGGACCGCGUGUGCACGUGGGCUGUCUACUUCACGGGCGUCGUCCAGCGCGAGAUCUUCGUCAAGACGCACGAGGACGCCGCGCGCCUCGUCCUGGGCGCCUGCCACACGCUCCUCGAGCUCUGUGAGCGGCAAAUCGACCUCGUACACACAGCCUUCGCGCUCUUCAAUGACAUCGGCCGCGCCCUCACACUGUCGACGCUCGCCUCGGCGCACACCGAGCUCGUCCGCCUCGCCGUCGAUGUCGCCCUGUACUGCGAGCGUGGCGGCGGCACCGCUGGCGAGUUCGACGCGCACUUCGCCGCGCGCGCCGACACACUGUUUGCCCGCAGGGGCGCCAUGGUGGACGUGUUGUGGAAACACUGCACGAGCCGGCACAACAAGGACUCGGGCGGCGUCUUCGUCGAGAUGGACCAGAUCCGCCGGUUCCUCGCGCCGGCCGAGGGCGUGGUGCAGGCGCUGGCUUCGCGGCGGUGGCGGUCCCGCGGCAGCCACGACCACGUCGAGUACACGUGCGAGUGGUUCGAGCCGUUGCUGCAGGACUUCUUCGCAGCCAGCGACGACACGGUGUACCACAUCACCGGUCCGUCCGGUUGCGGCAAGAGCGAGCUGGCGCAGUGGAUUGCGGAGCGCAUGCGGUGCUGCCUGGAGACGGACCAGUGCGAGGUGUUUGCGUUCUUCGUCGAGGAGGACGUCAGGACCGAGGCGUCGGGAAUCCACAUCGCGCGGGGAUUGCUGCUCCAGUUGUUCGAGAGCAGUAUCGGGAAUCUGGAGCUGUAUGAGGAGCUGUCUCGGCUCGUGCGCCAUGAUGCUGUGCACGAUGUGCGGGCGCUGGAACAGGCGUUGUGGGCGGCUAUCGAGCUCGGCCUUAGGAACAGGCGGGCGGUUCUCCUCGUUGACGGUCUGGACCACUUGGCGGGGGAAGAUGAUGGCGCGCGUGUGUUGGAUCAUCUGCACCGUGUUACGUCCAAGAGCCCUGCCGCCAAAGCUUUUGUGUUAUCGGCGCCGCUAGAGAGACACGCGUCUAGCCGCUGGCGGUUACUCAGCAUCGGGGAAGAGCACACCAGGCGCGACCUCGAGCGCGUCUUCGAGAAGGCCAUUGCGUCAGCCUUUCCGGUUCUGUCUGCAGGUGACCACUCUACAGUUAAUCAGCGCCUCGUCACUCUAUCAAGCGGCUCCUUCACCCACGCGACGCUUGCGCUUGAAUUGGCAAAGCGAAUUGUGCAGAAGAUCCUUGGCAGACUGAGACACGAGGAGAGAAACGAGAUGCGCUUGAUCCUGGCGUGGAUGCUGGCGGCGGAACGGCCGCUGUCCAUCUCCGAGGUGAGGGUGCUCUUGGAAGUGGAUGUGGGGAACUUGAAGACGUCGAUGAUGAUCACUGAUAUCAAGAACGACCUCUACCGCGCUAUCGGCCCGCUCAUCCGGACGGAUGGGGAGGUGCUCCGCUUCAAGCACCCAUUGAUCAGGCGUAUUCUUGUCCAGCUUGCGUCUGACACCAGAUCCGGCCUCCCGUUCAACAUGCAGGAAGCCCACAGCAUGCUCGUCAGCAGCUUGCUGCGGUACACAUCCAAGUACUGGGCGAUCCACUUCAAGCACUCGUCCAUGUACUCGGCGGACGGGGAGCACAGCCUGACCGCUGAGUUCCGGAACGCUUUCCCAGCAUCCACCGGCCUCGCCGUCCUCGAGUUUACGCGGUGGGAGGGCUGCACAUUACCGCAGGAUGCCGCCUCCUUCUUCGAAAUCGCGCUUCAGAUCCGGCAGAGCCUCAUUCCGCACCACGGGGAUGCCGCUAUCAUCCAGACGCUCCUCGCACUAGCCCGCGUCUACCGACGUCUCUCCUGGUUCAGCAGCCGCAGCAGCAGCAACUUGGCGACACUCGCCGCCGGCUACAUUGACUCGAUCGAGAACAUGACCGUCCGCGAAGAGCUCCUGCAUUUCCUGCACAAGGGGCAUGUCGACCGCGCUAUCGAGGUGCAGGAGGAGCUGUACCACGUUUGUGUCAAGGAAUAUGGCAUCCAGCACGCGGAGACCAUGUCGAUUCACAGAGAUUUGGUUGCUCUGCUUCGGGAAGAAGGCCGGACCGAGCAGCUGAGCAGCCACGAAAGGCGCCGGUGGAUGACCAUCCGAGACACGUUGGCGCCGGAUGACGCCGCCCUCAUUGCGGCUGCACUGGAUAUGGUGGCGCACCACGAAGAGCGCAACGAGUUCACAGAGGCUAAGGCCGUUUUCACCUACAUGUUGGAGUCUAUGUCUCGGGAGAUGCACGAUCGCAGCACGCACGAUCGAACCGAGGAGGCGCAGAACGUCCUCAUCGGCGUCUGGACUCAGUACCACGAGGCGCUUCACGUCACGGACAUCUCAGAGACCGAACUGUCCAUCAUACUAACGAGCCUGUGGAGCUACUUCAAACGCGUGGACCAGCGCAGCUCCUCGCUGGCCAUCGAGACCGCUCAGUCUCUGUCGAUCACGUCAAAGGAAAUUAUGGAAGUCAGGACGAGCCGCACAACAACCGUGGAAGAAACUCCAACAGAAGAACUCGAAGACAUCUUCUCAUCCCUCACAACCACCACUGCAUCAUCAUUCUGCUCCUCCUCCUCCAGCAGCACCACCUCCACCUCCGCGCACAGCAGCAUCAUCACCACCGCCGACACCCUCAGCGCACUCUACGAGCAGCGCUCAGACUGGACCCGCGCCACCACCACGACCGUCCGCGCUCUGGAGAUCGUCUGGCCAUCCAUCCUCGAGACAAACACCACGCACUCCAGCAGCAACUCUGCCACACUCUCCUCCACCCUCUCAUCCACCAAAGACAUCUCCGUCACGCUCAGCACAGCGCGCCGCCUAGCACACUGCCACUUCGCCCAGCGCCGCGUCCGCCAGGCCGAAGCCAUCCACGUGCGCAUCUUUGAAGCUGUCAUGCGGCAGCUCGGCGUACGCCACGAGCAUUUCCUCGCCGCGGCCGAGGAGCUGGUCGCGUUCUACGAGACCGUGUUCCGGUUCGAGGACGCGGUACAGACGCUGGAAGAGGCAUACGCGGCGCUGAAGGAUGCGUUCGAGGUUGGCCAUGAUGUUGUUAUCAAGAUUGCGUACAGGCUGGGGAGGCUGUGCCAUGAGCUGCAGAUGCUGGAGAGGGCGCGGGAUGUCUUUGAGGAGAUUGUCGUCGCGCUGUGUGGUGGUGGGGCGAGAGGCGAGGGGGAAGUGCUGCGGUGGGGGGCGGUCGAGGCGGCUAUCGCGCUGUGCGAGUUGCACGGUGGAUUCCGGUGCUGGGACAAGGCGCUGCAGCUGUACGAGCGGCUGUGGAGGACGUUGGUGGAGGCGCGCGGCGAGGGGCACGGGUGGACGCACCAGAUGGUGGAGAGGCUUUACCACGGGUACGUCGGCGUGCUCGAGACGGAAGCCAGGGUCGAGUACGGGACGCUCGUGCAGGUGACGGUCGAGUUCCGGCGGAAGAGCGCCGAGAUGUUUGGCGAGAGGCACGAGGCCAGCAUCGACGCUUCGUUGAGGUUGGCCGAGGUGUACGAACGCAGCGAGGAGCACCACGAACUGGCUAUUUCCAUGUACGAGACGGUCAUCUCGAUGUGCAGUUCGUCGUUUGACGAGAGCACCGUCACGAAGCUUAGCAAAUCCCGCCAGCGCCUCGCCUAUUUGUACUCGAAGCAUACGGCCACUUCAUCUCAGGGCUUCUCUAUUUUUGAAGAGGAAGUCCGCAAGACGGCCUUAGUCGCCUUCUCUUCCAGAUCAGAGGUGACGGAAAUCCGCACCGCUACGCUCCAGCUGCUUGAGAAGGUGGUCCGACAGAUCGCUAUCAGCGAGAAGAGGAAGGAGAGGCAUAUCGACUCAGCACACUCGAUACUGACCAUGUUCAAAGAGCUCGGCAGCUUGGACACCAUCCAGACACUCACACGAAGCCUCCGGCAGCAUUCCUUCACCUUCAUCGUCGCACUCGAGAAAGCGCUACUCACCACCAGCCAGAGCAGCAUGCAGGUCGUUUCCUUCGACGAACUCGAAGAGACGCUGAAGACCGAGUGCCGCCUGCACCAAGACUACACGCGCGCCGCCAACGCCAACGCCUUCUCCGACACCAUCACCCACGGCUGCCGCCUCGUCGCCUUCCUCCAGCACCACGGCCGCACCGAGGAGUCGGAGAGCUUCGAGAUCCAACUUCGGUCCCACUUCGCCGGCGCCCUGGACUCGACCGACUCCUCGGCCGUCCUGCAGGACUUCUUCGACAUCUGCGUGCGCGAGAUGGGCAGUGUCGCCGCCAGCGGUACCGACCCCCUGGACGCCGUCAUCGCCGCCGCCGCAGCCGCUGUCCGCCGUCACCUCGACGACACGGGCUCCCGCAAGGGGUUCGAGCUGGCCGGUCUGGUCCACCAAUUCCUGCGGCUCAUCCACGGGGGCGUGGCGGCGAACAUGCAGACAGUGUUGCAGCUCGCACUCUGGCUGGCCGGCCGCGGCGGCGCACGCAAGCACAUGGACAAGAAGCUGUCGGGAAAGAUGCGCGAGCUCUCAGCCGAACUGCUCCGCGAUGUGCUCUCCUCCACUGACCUCCGCGCCGCCGCUUCCCAUAUGCCGCUGCGCGAACUGAACGACCUGGUCGGCCUGCUGGGCGAGCUGCGCGAAUGGGAGGCCCUCGAGACCAUCCUCUCCGCCGCGUGGUCCACCCGCACCCCCUCCUCCUCCUACCCCCUCACAAUCGGCCUCCGCCUCGCCCAAAUCCGCUUCCUCCUCCAUUCCCACCACCACUCCUCCUCCACCCACUCCUCCCCCGACCCCGCCCUCCGCCUCGCCGGCGACAUCGCCUACAACCUGCUCCAAAUCUGGGGCGCCGGCGACCGCUCCACUCGCCGCGCUUUCGCCGUGCUUGCCGCGCUGCUCGUCGCUGCCGGCGAGCGCGCGCGCGCCGCUGACGUCCUGGCCGAGGCGCUCGAGGGGCUGAUGGACGCCGUGGCGGUGGGGGAGUGUACGCGUGCGGAGGCGGGGAGGUGGGUUGGUGAGGUGUGGGGGGGCAACGGCGCUGUGGGGAGGGAAUGUGAGCUAGGCGACGGGAGGCAGCAGCAGCAGCAGCAGAGGUGGGUGGGGUUGAGGGGGAGGUUGGAGGCGGAGUUGGGGGUGAGGUUGGGGGGACUCGGACUUGGGGGUGCGUGGGAGAGGGGGAAGCCGCCGGCAGGGGGCCACCCUGUGUGUGGGUUCGCGACGGCGGAGGGGAGGAGGGUGAGGGAGGAGGAGGAGGAGCGGGAUGCGAGUGCGUGGGGGAGGGGGCGGCACGGUGGCCGGGAAGAAGCGUGGAUGCCCGAGUCGUGGGAGUUCUUGGAGAAGGGGGAGGAGACGGUGCAUCGGAAUAAUUUGAGGAAGACGAGUGGGUUGGAUGGGAGGGUGAGGACGCCGUUUGUUAUCCAUGCGGAUAAGGCAAGGGUUCCGAGUUUGAGUGUUGGGUCCGAGAGUGCAACGACGGAUGAUGAGGUGCUGGGGUGGGGAGAUGGUCAACUGCCGGCUUUGAGGGAGAUUGGACAAGGCAAGGGGCACAAGGUGGAGAGUGAGGAGUUCGUGAUGAAGAAACUGGAUGAUGGUCUGGCUGGGGAUCACGUUUUUAGGAUGCACGCCUGA